UCUUCCAAAUUAAGACUUGAUUCCAUGGCGUGCCACCUCCAAGCAGCGGUUCACACUGCCUUCAUGCCGCGUGACAGCUGCAGUCAGCAAGACCUUUUGCUGCGACAUUUUGGAGGGAGCCUUUGCAUUCGCUUAUGGUCUCAGUCCGGAGAAUUUCAGGUUAUGCUGCACGAUCUGCUAUGCAGUGGAGACCGACCUUGACCGACCUUGACCAGCCACCAGCCACCAGCGAAGCAAAGGCAGCUAAGGCCGUGGUAUCGGCUGGAACACUCAGGACUCUGAACGAUCGAUGCGGAGAAGCUUUGAUGCCUCAGAAUGGAGGGGAGCACUUGACCUUUUCGAGGCGAAUGCAGCGCUGGCUGUGCGGAAGGAUGCCCGCGAUUUUGGUCAGGCGAUCACCAAGUGCCACUGGGAGAUAGCCAGCACCUUGCUGCGAGAGAUGGAGGCCCAUGACGUCCAGCAGAAUGUGAUCAUCUUUGGAAGCUUAGUGAACGUUUACAAGGAGGUGUCCAUGUGGUCUUGCUCACUUCAGGCGCUGCAAAGGAGCUUGGAUGUCGGAUUGCAGGGUAGUGUCAUCUCCAUCAACGCCGCACUCAGCGCCUGUGGCCGUGCAGUUGCAUGGCAGUCUGCACUUGAAAUGCUGGUCAACAUGUCUUCCCACUGUGAUGUGGUGUCUUACAAUGCCGCUAUUGCUGCCUGCACCAAAGGCAUGCAGACAGAUUUGGUGCUUCAUCUCAUGAUGGAGAUGCAGGACUUCAUCGUCAAGCCUGACCAGGUCACAUUUGCCAGCGCCAUCGUGGCAUGCAAGCUUGCAGCUGCCUGGCAGAGUGCAUUGUCCCUCUUGCAGGAGAUGAUGGCAGCUGGAUGUCUACCGGAUCCCAUCAGCUACGGUGCUGUCAUGGCGACCUGCACCGUGAAGUGGGAGCGAUCCUUGAACUUGCUGCAGACCCUGUGCUCCUCUGACCAGUCUCCAGAUCUGGUGCACUGCAAUUCCGGCAUAGCUGCUUGGUCCCAGGGCAAGCUCUGGCAUGUGGGGCUUUGCUUGUUGAAGAGGACAGCCGCAUCACAGAUGAGAUUGGAUGUCAUCUCCCUGAACUCUGCUUUGACAGCAUGCGAGCGGGCAGAUGAAUGGCAACUUGCAGCCGCAAUGCUUAGGUCACUACGAGGUGCUUUCCUGCAGCCAGAUGCGACCAGCUCCGCAAUUUGCACUGCAGCUUUUGGUGCUGGUCCAGGGUCCGCUCGCUGGUCCCUGGCCCUGACGUCGCUUCUGCGCGCCCGUCAGCAAGGACUGACAAAUCGAGAAGGGAUCUCCUCUGCAAUGGUGGCACUGACCGGUUCCAGUGUGGCAAGUGAGGCUACGGAGACGAAUGGCCUGCGAUGGACUCUCGCCUUACUUCUUUUGAAACAGGCCGCCAUUGGGAAUCUGCAGCCAGAUUCACUGAUGCUGUCUUCUGCCUUGAACGCUUGCAGAGAUGGUGCUGAGCUUGGAGGCAACUGCGCCGAGCAGGCGCUGGAGCUGCUACAAAGUGUGGAGGACGCGGACAUGGCAGCUCUAUGCGUGGUAUUGGACACCUUGGAGAUGAGCAACAACUACCGAGGUUCGAGGUCACUUUUGGAAGAAAUAUACAUUGCUACUUCUCAACAGUUGGAUAUGCUGAAGGUGCCUUCGAAGUCUGACAGAGCCGAGCUUCACCAUGUUGUGCUAGGGAUGGACCUCCUUCAUGAACACCUGCUGCUGGGAGAUGUCCAGGCCACCUUCCUCCGAAGCAUGACGUCGCCAGUGAUCCGCAGGCUGCGAGGAUUGUUCCAGUCUCGGAUGAAGCGCGAUGAAGUUCUGGAAAGGCAACCAAUGCUGGGCUCAAGAGGGACCAUUCAGGCUUUGCGGACAAUGGAGAUGGGCUGCAAGGUGACAGAUCAGCCCUGGCUUGGCAUGGCGCGUGAGAGGAGCCGGAGCUUUCUUCAGGCUGCGAAGGCGCAGCCGUCUUUGGAUGCUAUUGCCUCUGCUUUAACUGCCUGGCUGGCCUUUUCUAUCCAAGAAAGCGAGGUGACCCAGGUGGCAUCUUGCAGAAGUCGAGGAAGUGCACACCAGCUUCGUCAGCUUCGUACUGCAGGAGAGAACUUGGGACUUGUGCCUCUUCAAAUUCAGCACGAUCGAUCACCACAUGGAGAGCGCCAAGCGCUGCUCAUGGUGAUUGCUGCUGCCCAAGGCAACAGCGAAGGAAAAACAUGAAAGCGAUCGAUGCUUUCAUGGGGAGCGCUGUGGUUGGGUUUUCCUGAU